UUAAACCAAUAUUUAAUCCCCAAUUAACACCCAUUUACGCAAAAUCCCAUCAACUUCCAUAGUAAUUAUACAAUUAAUCAUAUUAACUCUUUCAUGAACUGUUGAUAGAGUUGAAUUCCUAUAUAAACCUACCAUAUGCUAUCUCCACCAACAUCUCAUCCAAUCUUGUUCUGCAUUAUCAUCAAGCUUCUAAAAAUGGCCAACACUUUCAAGCUUUUUUCAACACUCACUCUUCUGUUUUUAGCCCUGCCAAUGGCAUCUUCAUUGGAAACCUCGAAGCUAACCCUUCAAUCUCGACUCAAUGCCGACUCCCCGAGUUGCUGGGAAUCACUGACCCAGAUUCAAUCGUGCACUGGAGAAGUCAUCUUGUUUUUCCUCAACGGUGAAACCUACCUCGGGGAUUCAUGCUGCCACGCUAUUCAUACGGUUAGCCACCAGUGCUGGCCGAACAUGCUUGAAACACUAGGGUAUACCACGGAAGAAGGUGACAUACUUGAAGGAUACUGUGAUCAUGAAACUUACAAGUCUCCGCCGUCUGUGAAGGCUAGCGUGGUUGCUCCGGCGAAUGAUAUGCUUCCUUGAAUGGAUGGCUUUCUCAUUCGUGAAUAAAUUUUACCAUGUUUUAUGUGUCUUUUUCUGCAAUGGUUUCAGGGUGUCUUUGUUCUCUCUUCUUUUCACGUUGUUUGUAAGUCGGGAGCUAUUAAUGAAAUAGUUUUUCAUUACCAAA